AUGACUGUAUUCAAAGUCACCACCUUUGUUCUCGAUCAGCUGAAGAAGAGCGAUUUUGUCCUCAACUCGGAGCUUUGGAAUUCAAUCCAAUCGAUUCAGCUUCUUAACGAGUUCUUCAUUGAAGCAUUUGAAGCCCCCGAACUAAAGGCCGUGGAAUGCACUCACAUAGCCAUUCUCGUCGACACGACCGACACCACCAAACUCACAUCACCCACACGCGCCCCAGUGGCGCAAGAUCUCUCAUACCCGUUCCUAAACUGGGGGCUGGACGAUCUCGUGAAGUUCGCGUGGCAAUUCGACGGCGCUGAACGGGGCAUUGCAGGCACGGAAUUCGUCAUCAUGGAUAAUCAGACACUUGAAGAUAAGACAGUGGUACUCGUCACGCCAUCUGAGGGCUACGACAAUGUAGAGACGGCGCCUAGAUUGACUGCACGAUCGGAUUUUCGCUCUAGUCUCAUCACGCUGAAUGUCAAGAGUAUGGGAGUCGGCGGUGAUGAGCCGUGGGAGGAAGCGGCGGAGCAGGGUGGACGGGUGAUUAGACUGUAUGACGAAAGGAGUUCAGAGUAG